AUGUCUUUCCUCCGCAGCGUCAAGAACCUUGCUCCUCUCCUGGACCGCGUCCUCGUCCAGCGCGUCAAGCCCGAGGCCAAGACCGCCUCCGGCAUCUUCCUCCCCGAGAGCAGCGUCAAGGAGCAGAACGAGGCUAAGGUUCUCGCUGUUGGUCCCGGUGCCGUUGACCGCAACGGCCAGCGCGUCCCCAUGGGCGUCAACGCUGGUGACCGCGUUCUGAUCCCCCAGUUCGGUGGUAGCCCCCUCAAGGUCGGUGAGGAGGAGUACACUCUCUUCCGGGACUCUGAGAUCCUUGCCAAGAUCAACGAGUAA